GCCGGUUCCAGAUCUGCAACUGAUGAUGGUAAAUACGCGAAUGUGGAACGAACAGAAGCUAGAAUAGCAGGGGUUGUUGCAAGAUCGCAUCUUGGUGCUGAAAUGGCUCGAACAGGGCAUCACGGACGAGGAGUAUCAUCUCUCUAUGGAAGGAUGCAUAAAUCACAGCUGAACGAAUUAACAGAUAUGCCAUCAUCAGUCAGACAUAAUUACGCUGGUUUCCGUACUCAUAUAACACAUAUUGGAACCGUCGAUAUGCGCUCAAAUCUUUACAUUCUUCCUUCUGAUGAAGUUGAUCAACGAAUUAUAAAAGAGAUUCUUGACAAUUUGAUAAUAGAAGUUUGCAAAAUGGAUGCUGAGAAUGGUUGGCAUCGACGUCAUAUCCAGCGUUUUUAUGAAAUGCGCCAGGAAGAAAGAAAGCGCCGUGAAAUGCAACAAAGGGCACUGAAACUUGAACGGCUUUCAGCAAGACAACUUGAAGUUGAGCUGGGUGAGCGAAUUGAACGAUUCAAGAGAGAAGUCAAUAAAAGGCGUCUUAAGUUAGAGGAGAGAGCAGAGGCCGAGGUCGGAAUAAUUGCGCCAUGGCGCCGGCCUCGAAGUAGAGCUGAAAAGAGGGCACGUGGAUUUGAAAAGCUAAUAGAACCAUCUACUAUAUCGUUAGGUGGCACAGUGUAUACCGACGAAACAGCAUCGAGCAAGGUAGACGAACAGUCCAGUACUCAGCUUCCAAGCAAAAGUGAUAGUGUACAGUGUUCGGAAACUACGGGAUUAAUACUGGAUUUGUCUACUGAUCAGCAGUUACCGCAGUCAUCUCCAGAACAUCAUCUUUUAACGGAUUCAGCGCAUCAAGUGGAAGACUCCUCACAACAGCGACACAGUGAGAGAAUCAAGAAGAAAAAAAGUAGAGAUGACAGUUUCAUCAGUACUGAAAAUACUGAAUCAACGUCAACAUCGCAGAUAUCAGUUCGUAAUGAAACGAAGCCAAGUGGAAAAACUCGAAAAGAACAGCGCAGUGCAACACGUGGGACUACUCCUUCAACAUCAUCACGGCCAGAAACAACAUCUUCAGAAUCUAUUCCAGACAUCGAUACCACAAAACGACAUUGCAAAUGCAAUCAACCUUACGAUCCGAAAAAAUUUUAUGUUGGCUGUGAUUUAUGCUAUCAGUGGUUCCAUGGUAAAUGUGUCGGUAUAUCAGAAAGAAAAUCAAAAAAAAUGACAAGUUGGAUGUGUGAAGAUUGUGCCAAGGAGCAAAAAAACUCAGAACAGGCUAGUUUUUGCUUUUUAUUAGUGACAAUGAUGAUGUUUCUUUAUUGCUUAUUUGGUUGUUGGGAUUUCGAUAAGCGGAAUAAUUUACUGCUAAUUGGCAGCGAUUUAGAUUCUGAGUUGUAUUGUGUUUGUCAAACACCAUAUGAUGAUUCGCAGUUUUAUGUUGGUUGUGAUGGAUGUGAGGGAUGGUUCCACCCGCAAUGUGUUGAUAUCACUCAAGAAGAAGCCGAGAAAGCAGCUGAAUAUUUGUGCCCACAGUGUAUACGAAAUAAGCAAGCAGGAUCUGAAUCAAGCACCUUAUCUUCACCGCUCCUUGAGCGUUCUGAUUUUAAGCUUAUUAAGCGCGUCGUUAAUAGUUUGAAGAAUCAUCGUACUAGUUGGCCUUUUCGAGAAGCAGUUGAUCAGAAAGAUCAUCCAGAUUAUUAUUCUAUUAUUAAAAAACCAAUGGAUCUGAGCAUUGUGCAGCGAAAAUUGAAUAGUUACGCGUACCACAGUUUGAACGAAUUUACGGCUGACAUAACACAAAUUUUUGUGAAUGCUCGGAUAUUUAAUUCUAAAGAUUCAGCUAUUCAUCAGUGCGCUGAUAUUUUAGAAAAACAAUUUCGUGAACGUAUGGUGAAAAUCAAAUCUGCAAUGGAAACACGAAAUAGUAGCCAAAAAGUGGUUAACAGGCUUAAAUAUUUGUUCAAUAAAUCAUUGUCAAAUGAAGAGCUAAAAAAUAUAGCGGAAACAGUUCAUUUCUAA